AUGCGUGUACUACUGUGUCUAGUCUUAACUUAUUGUUUUAUUAAUGUAAACGCUUUAAAAGUAUUAGUAUACAACCCCUAUAUUGGAGCUAGUCAUCCCUUACUUAUUGGCAAAUUGGCCGAUCAACUGGCUCUUGCUGGUCACGAUGUGGUAAGUUUGCAUCCGUAUCAAAAAAACUAAAUAAAACAUUAUUUUUUAGUUUUAAAAUACGAUCACAGACUUUUUACGUACAUACUAAGUUAAUUACAGUAUAAACAAGAUUUUAUACAAAAAAUGUUAUUUAAAAAAUAUUUUUCAGACAAUUCUGCAACAACUCAUGAUGCCAGCAAAGCAUCCUGGGCACACGAAUGAAACUAUAAAGUUUAUACAAAUUCCGUACGACAAUGAUUACAUAGCAAACCGAGAUAGUACGAAGAAUUGUUGGGGUAAAUCAAAACAUGGAUUUUUUGAUACAUUAAAGGUAAACUUAGCCCUCUCCCUUGCUCCAACCCUGGCCCAAGCCUAAGCCGUAGCACUAGUUUAAGCUCUAGCCCUCGCCCUAGCUCUAACCCUAACUGUAGUUCCAACGCUAAUAAUAGCCCUAGCUCUAUCCAUAGCCUUGGAUUUAGGUUUGACCCUACCCCUACCCGAGAUUUUAGUUCUAACGCUUAUCAUAGCCACAUAAAUCUUUAUGUUAAUAUGCCUAAUAUAAAUUAAUCGGAAACACAAUUUCUAGUUGUACAAAAAGAUGAUAGAAGUGUUUGCCCACUACUGUAGCACGCAACUAAACAACCAAACUUUGAUAUCCCAUCUGAAGUCUCAAAACUUUGAUCUUGGUGUGGCCGAAAAUGUAGAAUGUUGUGGAUUCAAACUAUUCAAUGACAUAGGACUUAAUCGUACUAUACAAGUUGCUGGCACAUCGUUGGCGUUGGAAUUUAGCGCCAAUUUAGGAAUUCCGUCAAUGCAUAGUUUUGUCCCUGACGUUUUUUCUGGAGAGAUCAAAACGUUUGGCCAUAGGCUGAAGAAUCUGUUAUAUACAUUGGGAGUGAAGUUUAUGUUUAUGGGAUUGUUCGAUGAAAGCUACGGAAAAGCUACUGAUGACAAAGAUCUUUAUGUAAGUUUUGAGAGGUGUAAAAAGGAAGAAUGCGUUAGAAUGCAAAACUCAUCCACUUUUUAUUAAAAAUGCGCUUUUUAAUAAGCCUAAUCGAUGAAAGGACGAGGGAAAGCCGUUCGGAACAAUAAAGACCUCCCUUGUCUUUUGAUUGGGUUCCAUAGAAAGCCGAAAAAGCCCUCUUUCUAUUUGUUUCUUCUCAAUUCUCUAUCGUUCCUUUUAAAAAAUAUUAAACAUGCUCAAAUUUUUAGGACUACAUGUACCGUGCAGCCUAUGUCCUAGUCAAUUCGGAUGAGUUCAUAGACUUCCCUCGACCAAUCUCUCACAAAUACAUUAACAUUGGUGGAUAUGGGAUGAGCAAUCUUUUAAAACAAUCCUCGGAAUUACCAGAAAAAUUCCAAAAAAUCUACAGUAAUGCCAAUAAAGGCGUAGUAUACAUGAGUUUUGGCUCUGUAGCCGAAAGUCAAUCAAUGCCAGCUGAACUUAAGAUCACAUUCCUUGAGGCAUUCAAACAACUUCCUGAGGUCGAAUUUUUGUGGAAGUAUGAAAACAAACAUGAUAAAGUAGCGGAAAACUAUAGUAACGUUCACACUUUUACCUGGAUGCCUCAACGUGAAAUUUUGAAAAAUUCAAAAACAUUGGCGUUUAUUACUCACGGUGGAAUGAAUAGUUUAACUGAAGCUACGUUUACUGCCACACCUAUGAUCAGUAUUCCAUUGUUUUCGGAUCAAAAAAGGAAUUCGGCCAUGAUUGAGAGAAAGAAAAUGGGCAUUACUUUGGACAAGAUUACAUUGACUACUGAGAUUUUGGUCGAUGCUUUAAGAAAAAUUAUAUAUGAUGACCAGAGGUAAUUUUUUUAACGUUUAGGCCAUUUUAUGUUUUUUAAAGAAAGUUCUUGUCAUGUUAUGUUUUGUAAAGAAAGUUCUUGCCAUUUCCUGCUUUGUAACAAAAGUUCUUGCCAUUUCGUACUUUGUAAAGAAAGUUCUUGCCCUUCUUUCUUUAACAAACACUAAAAAAUUAAAAAAACCUCAUUUUAGUUACCAAACCAACGCCAAAGAGAUCUCCGAACUAAUAAGAAACAGGCCUGAAAGCCCAGACGACAGACUAUUAAAAGCAGUCGAAUUUGCUGGUCGGUUCGACAUUCACGAACAUCUUGAUCUACCUGGUCGGAAACUGACUCUCAUCCAAUUUUAUAAUAUUGAUGUUUUAGCCACAUUAGCAGCUAGUGUACUAGUUUUAGCUUUAGUAAUACUACUUGUUUUGGCUUUGGCUGUAAAAGUUGUUUUGAAAAUUGUUAGGAGUUUUUUGUAUAAAGAGAAAGUUGAAUAA